AGUGCCUCUAUAUAUAAUAAGGUUAAUAAUAAAGCCUCGCCUGAUCACCCUAGCACGCCUAGUUUAUUUAAAUACUAUCUAAUACUAAAAGGCGGACGCAGCUCAGCUGUUAAGGUGUUACCUUUAAAUAUCUGGCACCUAAAAAAGAAGUAUCUUACUAAAGCUAAAAAAUAUAAGAAGAUAGUAUCUAAGGCUUUAUUCCUCCGGGCUAAAAAUCUGUAG